UCCAUGUUCUAUUUUAAAUUUGUUGCUGUAGACUGACCCCAUUUCGUAAGACGUAUUUGGAUUUCGGCCUAGCAAUACUUUUCGUGUUAAAGAUGGUAAUAUGCCAUCGCAGGGCGAUUGACCAACCUCUGCAAGUGGCAUCAUCGAAUCAACAUCAUGUACCCGUAAGCGUACAGGGGCAGGAAGGGGUGCUUUGUCCGCUUUCUAUUGCGACGAUCAUGUGGAAAAUUGUUGAUCCACAAACAUUUCUGCUUCUAAAAUGGAAUCACCCCAGCAGCAAUAAAGAACGACGACGUACUAACGUGUGGGAUAGCAAAUCCUCCGUUUACUAUCAAUACAUGUAGCUUGGCUGAAGAAUCUGAGUGUGAUGUGACGCGAAGCACACGAUAUCUAGUGUCCAGAUGCUGAUGCAGAAAGCCUAUAGCGUUUUUAAACUGACAAACGUGUCAAACAGUUUUGAUAUAUCGAAAAUCAUUGCUAUCGCGUAAUCUGCUCGUUGAUUGCCCCAAGUUGUUCGCGCACACUCUUAAGCUGGAAAAGACGGUAUGUGGCAAACAAGAUAGCCGCGAGGAUGGCUGUAAGAAGACUUAGAAUAUAUCAUUUCGCAUGUCAUGCUAUCAGUGUAACGACAUUCAAACCUAGUCCGUCGUGUGUGUUUCUAUUGUAACAAUUAAUCCGGGAUUCGGAAAAUUUAUGUGACUGUUCUGCUAAACUAUCUUUUGGGAAACCGACAAAAAAAUGUGAAAGGAAAACGAAGAAAUCCACUAUAUUCGUACACGCAAGCCGGUCGCUUGAGUUCACCUGAAAUUUAAAAAAGGAUUGUCAUACAACGAAAGAAGCUGAUCAUCAAACGUAAAGUCGCGGUGUCGAAAGUAUCGUGAAAAUUAACAACACAUGUGAAACCGAUGCCCGUUAAGAGAUUGUUGCGAAAGCGGCAAUGCAGAAUCAGCAUUCACCUUCCUCGCUUCAUGCAUUAUCUGAAGUAACAGCGAACACCCAGCAAAGCCCAACCCAUUAUGCUUGAGUCGGUAUUUAUGAUCAGAGAAAUGCGGAUUAUCUCGCUGAAAAGCAAAAAAUCCCGUGCUUAAUAAGUAGCGUCAAGGCCGAAUUUUGGAAAUGUUAACAAAAGCCAUUUUGAAGAGUCAUAUUUGUCGAGUUCAAUAGAUGAAAGGAGUCGCCAAACAUAUCCGAAAACUGGGCGAAUCUUCAAUUGAGCGUUCGAUGGGAAACGAGAUGCCAUCUGAAGUGGCUGCAUCGCCGACCGCUGUCGAAGGCACAUUAUUAUAUAAGCUGCGUAUCGAGAGACGAAGCUUAGCUAGUCAGUGUUGAUUUCUGAGAAGCGCCU